CGGGUGGGAGGGGGAGUGAGCGCUGUGGCCCCGCCCCCUGCCCGCUGACUCCCGGCCCUGCUGCAGCUGCAGCUGCGUCUGGGGUGGAGCGCGGCCCGGGCAGCGAGGCCCUGUGGGCAAUGGGAGCACACGAGAGCGGGAUCAGGGCCCGGGGGACCCCCUGGUCAGGCCCAGGCGUUGUCCUGCAGCCUCUGCUCCCUGGGACAGGCCUUGUCUGUGCCCCCUGCAUCUGGGCUGCUGCCCAGCGAAGAGCCAGGAGCCUCCCUCCCUUUGGAGGAGGGGGCAGUGGGCACCGCCCAGGGGUCCAGAGCCCCCGCCAGCCUCCUUCCUGGUCCUGUAGCAGACGGCCAGCUUGGCCAGGGCCCAGGGGUCGUCCGGGGGCCCUGUCAUAUCAUCCGACCCAGCUUCUGACCCCAGAGUGGCCUGGUGUGAAGGACGGGUCAACUCCAUGCAUAAGACUGCUGAGAGAGACGCGCAGAUAACGAUCGUUCGCCCCCACGCUGAAGACACGAUAGCCCUAGAAGGAGCCGCGCGCCGCCUGUGUCCGCAGCGCUCUCAGCGGUGCCGGCCUCAAGCCCACCCGGCCACGCGCCGCUCCUGCACGGGCAUCGAGCUCAGAGGCAAGGUGGCGAAGGCAACCUGGGGCUCUCAGAGUCUCGCUCUCUAGGGCAUCGAGCAGGUGGCUGGGGGCACCCUCUGGAGAGGAAGGCUCCCUGGGGACCUACAGAGCAGUACAGACACCUCGGUGGGGAGCAAAGCACUCGGGGAGCAGGACUGACUCCACUGCACAUAGCCAGAACCAGGUUUUCAUGCCGAGGUCGGAUGCACCCGAGUGCUAAGGAGGACGCCCGGCCCCAUACGGUACACACAGGAAGAGUUUGAUGGGAGCUGCUGUUCCUCCACCCGCCGUCCUGGGCGGGGAACAUCCUUGGCGAUAGCAUUUGCUCGGGGGGAGCAGAUUCUCCUGCAGCGUCCAUGGGCCAACUGUUGCUCGUGCCCAAAGUUUGCUUUAUAUAUUUUGGGAGGUAGAAGCCGCAUGCCAUCAGAAACAUGCCCCCCUCCACCACGCUGGGGUCAGUGGGGCACGGGGAAGUCUCCCCACUCCCCGCCCAGCACACCAUGGGGCAGGAGGUCGAUGGUGUGACCAGGGGAGGGGGUUGAAUCUCUUGAAGAAGCAUGGUCACAUGGCGGGGGUUUUCUUACGGGUACUGCUGUGCUGAGCCGCGAGUUCUCAGCAGGACCGAGCUGCAGCAGGGCUGAUGUGGGCACAACGACUAAUAACGUGGAUUUAUACACUGAAGAUACACUUGUCAAUCCACCACAAAAGAGCCGCCGGCCCUGCGCCCGCGAUCACGUUACCCCGCUGGGCUGGGAAUCAAUAAUACAUACAGCCCCGGAGCGCGGCGGAUGGGGCUGUGGUGCUAACGCCGCGGGCAGGCAUGGCUUGAGUGGGUACGAAGGAUGAAGACCCCUUUGCACACCAGCUUGAAGGAGCCUGCCACACCACAGCGCUGGGACCCUACCCCACAUCCCUCUCCUGCCCAUCUAGCCCCUCACCAGCCCCUUGCACCCAUCUGCCCAGUGGCGCGUGCACGGAGAAGCUGGCAGGCGGUAACCGAAUCCGCAGCCGAGCAGAGCUGGCUUUGGGCUCCUAAGGAAUAAUUUAGCUGCCAGAGGCUAUUUCCAGCCAGUUGCCCAGAUACCGUGUUCCAGGCGCACGGUCUCCGCCGGCAUCGGUUACCAACUGCAAAUAAUGAAGCAUCGCCCGAGUGCCAAGCUGAGCGGGGAGGGGGGGGGUCUAUGCAGGACCCUUCAUGGGGAGAGCCUGGGCAGGACUCCCGCGGGCCUGGCAGGUCCCCAUGGGAGCGCCCGCAGAAGCAGAGGGACAGGUAACAGGCCAGAGACGCACCUUAGUUGCCGAGGGACAUGGGUGGGUACUGAAUGGCCCUGUGGGAGUGGGAGGAAGCAGGGGGUUGGGGCCCUGGACAAAGCCCUUUUGGGACCAAGGCCGAGGGGUUGGGUUAGGGGCACAAGGCAGCCUGCCCUGGGAGCCCUGGGGGCAAGCAAAGGGCAGGAGACACCCCCGGGGUGAAGGCCAGCAGCCCCCCCCAGCCUGGCCCUGGUUCGAGGAGCCCCUUGGCAACGUGAAUCCACCUGGGAUCGGGUUCCUCUUUGUGCCCCGAGCUGCACAUUGAAGGAGGCAUCUGCAAUUUUAAUGAAGACAUCGGAUCCCGGCGGGCGGCAGCGGGGACGGGACAAGCACGCAGCACUCAAGACCUCGCAGACCGCUCGGCUUGCCCAGCGUGGAAGUGCGAUGGGCACCCAGCGCUGCCCCCAGCGUGCCGGGCACAGGGGCUGAGCGCGGCCCCGCACGGACCCACCUGCCAGCCGGUGCCCAGAGCCUCGUGCCUAACGCCCACAGCCGCGCCGGAGGGCCAGUGCGCCCGGAGCCACCAUGACUCAGGGCUUCUGGAGACUCUACAAGUCCAAGGUGCUGCAGACGCUGGGCAGCGAGGAGCCGGAGGACGAGUUCAAGGAGGAGAGCGACAACCCCGAGCUGGUGGAAACGGCCGAGGCCCCGGUUUUGACGGAGGCUGGAGCAAACCCCGUGGCCCAGCUGGCACGGAGGGUCCAGGGAGCCGGCGCCAAGAGCUGGAGGACCUUCUCGUCGCUCUUCAACAGGGAGGAUGAGCACCAGCUGCUGACGCCCGAGCCCUGCGCUGACCACCCCCUGGCAGCCAAGCCGGCAGAGCUGCCACCGUCCGAGAGGAAGGCCUCCGGCUUCUGGGACAUCUUCGCCACCAAAUGGCAGCAGACCACCGUGCCGGACAAGAAGGGCGCGCAGCCCGAGUACAGCAAGCCCGCGGGUGAGGAUGCCACUGGGGCGGCCGGAGAAGCCCUGAGCGACGAGGCCGCCUACCCCAGCAAUGGCAGUGACCUCCGGGAUGCGGAGGAGGGGCCGUUCCGCUGGGGCCUUCUGGCCAGCAAGCUGGCCGAGAUCCGGAAUAAAACCCCCUCCAAGAGCAACUAGGGGAGAAGGCCCAGCCGACGGACAGCCCCUGCAAAGACUCCCAUGGCACGGCCAGGGGCAGGUCUCCCCUUCCCCCCCUCCCAGACUGCCCCCGGGAGCUGCGGGGCUGGGACAGGACCAUCCAGCAUCAGGUAGCUGCUCCCCCGACCCUGGAAAUGAGCGGCAUCGUCUCCCAGGCUCGACCACCUUGCCUUCCCCGUCCUCGGCACUGUAUUGGCAGCAUCACCGUUUGAACAAGGCACUGGGAUGCCGGGGUCUCCUCCCCGCUAGGACAUGGCAGCCUGCAACCCUCUGCAGGGGCUUUGCAAAGCAGGGAGGAUGGGCACAGCCGGCGAGGGCUGCAGUCUGGGCGGGAGAAACCUCUCACGGCUCGACCCUGAAUGGGCAGGAGAGACCGAGAGUAUCCCCCUGCCAGUGUCCCACGGUGUGGUGCCCAGGUCGUGCCCCUGGGGUGGGAGACGCGGGGCCUGACCCCAGCCAGCUCCUCUCCCUGCUAACGGGGCUCUCGCUCCUGUGGGAAUCUCACCCACCGUGAGACGGGGAGAGGGGAUCGUUACAGGGACCAGCUUUCCAGAGCCAGCCCCCUUUACCAGCUGUCUCGAGUAGGUCACCCCAGAACUGAGGCCCUGGCCACACUUUAAAGACUCGUGUCACAGGAGCUGGGCUUCGCUCCGGCACCGCACUGGAAGCGAGAGCUCCGGCGGGUGCUGAUGGGUGCUGGGACCCUGCCCCCUCCAAAGGGGAUGUCUCCAGGGCCACCAGUGCCGGACAGACCCCGGGUGACUCCCUGAGCACGACCCUGUAUUUGUGCAGCUCCGAGCUCCCUCCGCGCGCCAACAGGACUUGCCUUGUGCUCUGCCAGGCGGGCAGGGCAGGCCACGUCCCUGCUGCUGUGGUUGUUUAACACUGACACUGUCCUUUUGUGGUGAGUUGCGGUGGCUCCGUGUCCUCUCUAGAAACGCGGACGGUUCCACACUCGGGGCCGGCUCCAAGGGGCCCUUCUUGCACCGUGCGGGCUGGGCGUGACGCCCCACUCUCCCGCGCUGCAGCAAAGGCACCAGCUUGUGCGGGUGGUGCUGCUCGUCUAUGGCCUUGCAAACAGGUUGGCAGGGAACUCAAGCCCAGGCAGGCAGAGCCCUGGGCAGGGGCGGUGCAAGGGAAAAGCAAAGGCCCCAGCAUCACAUUGUGGGUGCCCAGGGGCUGGGACCCCCAGGCCGGGCCCACCAGAGGCAUCAGCGGUUUCACGCUGCUAAGAGCUGGUCUCCUUCCCCCUGACCCAAGACGAGCUCGGCGCUCUCAGCUUGGUCCGCAGGGAGGCAGUGGCUGCAGGCACUAGAGCGUCGACAGAAGCUCUGGCACGGGGUCAGUUGGCCCCUGCCCGCCUGGCAGACCAAGGGCAGUGUGUACAACACGCGUCAGACAUAGGUGGUCCCUGUGCUGACUGCAGAAGGCCACAGACCCCCAAACUCCCCUCCCCGCGCUCUGCGAAGACGACCUCCAGCACCUCUGCUGCAGCCCCAUCUCCCUCCCACCUUGACACGUGCACCAGAGACAGCCACCGGCUGCCAGCACUUCCACGGUGCUGGAGGAAAACCUAGGGUAUCACCAUCAUUACCCCAAUGCCCCGAGUUUAUGCACAAGCAGUCCUCAGCCUCCUCAGAUGCCAGCUGCCCCCUUUGGAAAAUGCCAGCUCGUGGCUUCCACUGUUUUUUGGUGGCAGCAGAAAAUACAAGAGCGAUUCGAUUGCAAAGAACUGCGCAAGCCCGGGGCAGGACGGGUCGGACGCCCUGGGUUCCUCCCGGAGCUCUCCGAGCUUGGUGUGCAAAUGCUGCGUAGGAGCCUGCACACCUAUUAGUGCCAACAGCGUGUGGUUCCCUUUUGAGGGUUUCACGUGCCCUGCUUGGCUGAGGGGGAGAAAUGCUCCUGGUCCAGCCACCUCUGGUAACGUUUGCUGGCAUUUCCCAGCUCUGAAGGGUUUG